AUGGCUGAUACAACUACCACUGCUCCUGUUGCUACUGCUCUUGCUGCCAAGGCAAAGGCCAAGACGACCAUCGACCACCCUCCGGCUAAAGUCAUGGUGAAGGCUGCUGUCGCCGCCCUGAAGGAACGCACCGGUUCCUCGCGUCCUGCCAUCAUGAAGUACAUCGCCGCCAACUACAAUUACGACAAUGCCAAGGCUGUAGCUGCAGCUCUGAAGAAAGGAGUCGAUGCCGGGACAUUCAUCCAGGUUAAAGCAAGUUUCAAACUUUCUGCCGAAGCCAAGCUAGCCGACAAGCCGAAGAAACCUGCCACUAAGCCUAAGAAAGAGAAAACGAAAAAGACGACUGAGAAAAAGACACCCAAAAAGAAGACUGUAAAGCCUACCGACGAGACAAAGAUCACAAAAGCGAAGAAGACGCCGAAGCCGAAGAAGUCUGAGGAGAAAAAGAGCGUGAAGGCGGUGACGAAAGCCAAGACUGACAAGCCCAAAGUCAAGAAAACCAUCAAGCCAAAGACUGACAAGCCCAAAGUCAAGAAAGCCAUCAAGCCAAAGACUGACAAGCCAAAACCCAAGAAAAUGACCACCGACAAAGCGAAGAAAGCCACCACGCCAAAGGCACAGAAGAAGACCACCAAAGCCUAA